UGUCAGUUCGGUUUGCGAGUGCAUGCUACACGGAGGCGCCGGUCGUGUCUCUACCACCUGUAGCUAUUUGUGCCGUCCCAGCGUUUGGCACACUUACGCAUGGAGGUUAAAAGCCAGCGUGACCUCAUUGCAGCGUUGCACCCAGGCGCUUCUGAGUCAGACAGUCGAGUUUCCAUGGUACCGGGUAACAAGGGAGCGGUAGUUAUUUGGUGGUGAAAAACAGAAAAGGAAAAUUUUACUCCUAAUUUGCACCAGCCCCCGGUACGAACGGUGGGAUUUAAAGCAAAUCGCAUCUUGGGCAAAAGGCAGUGAAAGCGAAAGAAACACUAGGAAUACUACAACAUGGACCAAAUAGAGGAAAGUGGCGAAGAUUCGCAGGCACCGGAGUCUACCUUCGAGGACGAUCUGGUGCCGAAAGAAAUUACGGACGAGUUUUUUGAGGAGCUGUGCUCGAAAGCCAAUCUGACCGUGAAGGACUUGCAGGGCAACGGGCAGUAUGGGCUGGCGGAAGACUUUCAGAAACUGCUCAUUACGGGUCAAAAUUUGCGUCAGCAGCUCAUCGAAGAGCAGGACCGGAUCGCCAAGAUGCAGGACGAGGUGUCGGCUGCCUCGGGACGGGUGGCACAGGCGAUGCAACUGUCCCAGCGCGACCAAGAUACGAUACAGACGCUCAAGUCGGAAAUUCAGGACGCCUGGAAGCGGGCCGAUGCGGCCCAAACGCGCGAGCAGAACGUGCAGGAGGCGAUGAAUCAGAUGCGAGAAAAGCUGGAAAAACUGCACGCCGAAAGUGACCGCUACGGCGAUCGGGACGAUGAUGUCGGCUCAACGAUGAACAAGCACAAGGAGGGCAUCAUGCGCGAACGGGACCGGCUGUUCGUGGAGGUCGAGGAGCUGAACCGCCGGCUGCACACGCAGCGCCUGUACAUGGAGGAGCUCGAGCAGAAGUGUCUCGACUCGGAGGCGAAGGUGAAGGAGCUGUACAAGGUGCUGGACGAGACGUCGAACGAAGCGUUCCGCGACAAGCGCCAGCUGGAGAGCCUGCAGACGCAGCACACCGAGGUGCUGGCGGAGCUGGCGACCAAGACGGAGGAGGCGAAGCACUUCAAGGAGCUGGCGGACAGCAACUACAAAACCACCAUGAAGCAGACGAUGCAGAUGGCCGCCCUGCGCACCAACAUGGAGCGCAUCGAGACGAACAAGAACCUGCUGCAGGUGAAGCUGGCCAAGACGGUGGGCGACUACGAGAACAUGGUGCAGCUGAAGGACAAGGUGACGAACGAGUUCAACACCAAGGUGAACAUUCUCAAGCUGAAGGAGGACGAGAACAAAAAGUUUCGGCUGGAAAAUGCGAAGCUGGUAAAAACUCGCGACCUUCUGCAGAAGGCCAUGCAGUCGACCGAGGCAGCUAAGAGCGCGCUGGAGCAAGAGGUGGCCAAGCUGAAGAACACGAUCGUGACGUUUGAGAAGGAGCGAGACGCGUCCAAGAAGUCGUACGACGCGGCCAGAAAGCAGGUCGACGCGGUACUGCGCGAAAGGGAUCUCGUCCGCAAGGAGCUGACUAAGAUAACCCAAUCGCUGACGAACCAAACCGAGCAGAAUACGCUGCUGGAAAAGCAGCAGAAAACGUUGGAAAACGAAAUCAAAGCGCACCAGGCUGCCGCGCAGAAGCAGCAAACGCUCCUGCUGAAGAUCGAGAAGGAUCGGGACCGCAACGCGGAGGAGGUGCAGAACCUGUCCGACCGGAUCGAGCAGCUGAACGAGGAUCUGCUGUACAGGCAGAACCUCAUCGCCGAGCUGCGCGAAAAGCUGAAGGAAAGCGAGUCGAGGCUGUUCCAGAGUCAAAAUUUGCUCGAAAUUACGCGCGGCGAGCGGAACAUUUUCGAGCGCGACCUGACGACCUGCAGCAAGGAGUCGGAGGGGCUGAAGGACCGGCUGAAGAACGCGAUCCGCAGCGUGGACCAGCUGAAGGAGGAGAACGCCACCAAGGUGGCGGAGCUGUUUAAGGCAAACAAAACGAUCGACCGGGUGGAGAAGGAGAAGCAGACGCUGAAAACGGUCGUGGAGAACAUGAACACCGAGCUGGAGCACUCCGCCUCGGAGCUGAAGGAAAAGAUGAACGAAAAUGCGCGCUUGAAUAAGACGCUGUCGGAUGAUGCCACCACCGCCGACUGUUACGCCACCGGUGUACACCCCGCUCGACCAAACGGACGCACAGAAAUACAUGAUAAAAUGUUGAUAACCGGCAGUGAGACGAGCGUGGCCACGAUCGACGAUGGAGGGACGAUGUGGAGCAGACAGCAGAAUGCCGUCUCCGUGCGGCAUGCGUUCAAAUCGUACGGCACCAAGAAGAAACCAAAUCAAGUUCUAUCGAAUCUUAACAUGACAGUAGCCAAAGGAACUAUUUAUGGACUUUUAGGAGCAUCCGGUUGCGGUAAAACGACACUUCUAUCGUGCAUAGUAGGACGAAAGCGACUAAACUCAGGAGAAAUAUGGGUCCUCGGUGGAAAGCCGGGAACAAAGGGAUCCGGUGUCCCUGGAGCCCGCGUAGGAUACAUGCCGCAGGAGAUUGCUCUGUACGGUGAAUUCUCGAUCCGCGAAACGAUGAUGUACUUCGGCUGGAUCUUUGGCAUGCACACGUCCGAGAUCGUCGAGCGAUUACAGUUUCUGCUCAACUUUCUCGAUCUGCCAUCAGAGUCUCGGUUGGUGAAGAAUUUGAGCGGUGGCCAACAGCGUCGUGUAUCGUUCGCCGUGGCCCUGAUGCACGACCCGGAGCUGCUCAUUCUCGACGAACCGACCGUCGGUGUGGAUCCACUACUUAGACAAAGUAUAUGGAAUCAUCUGGUACACAUCACCAAGGCCGGCCAGAAAACCGUCAUCAUUACGACGCACUACAUCGAGGAAGCCCGACAAGCACACACGAUCGGUCUGAUGCGAUCGGGUCGACUGCUGGCGGAAGAGUCACCGAGCUGCCUGCUGUCGAUGUAUCGCUGCAGCAGCCUGGAGGAUGUCUUCCUGAAGCUGUCACGCAAACAGGGCCAAGCCAAUGUGGCACCAGCUGAGCUGAACAUCAGCAACAACAUAUCACUGUCGGCACUGGCAUUCGGCAACAAAAAGGACAACCCAGUCUACGUCAGCCAGGAAAGUGGUGUCGUCGGACUUAACUUCCACCAGAGCAAGGAGGUGCUCAUCAGUGACAGUAACGGAUCCACCAUUGCUAUCAAUGGACUCAAUGGAUCUGCUCCCGGUGCGAUCAGUCAAGCGGUCGAGUGCGAUAACUGCACCGAAUGUUCGGGUUGUUCCAACUUUACGUCGAAGGGAAAGAUUCGUGCGCUGCUGGUGAAGAACUUCCUGCGCAUGUGGCGAAACGUGGGCGUGAUGCUGUUCAUCUUCGCCCUGCCCGUCAUGCAGGUGAUCCUGUUCUGUCUGGCGAUCGGGCGUGAUCCUACCAACCUGAAAAUGGCCAUCGUUAACGGUGAGAUGAACUCGACCAUCGGGGCGGACUGUGCGUUCGAUCCGGGGUGCAGCUUUACCAACCUAUCCUGUCGCUACCUGAGCCACCUCAACACGACGAUCGUGAAGGAAUACUACUCGGACCUGGACUCGGCGCUCGGUGCGGUGCGGGACGGCAACGCUUGGGGCGCACUGUACUUUACGGACAACUUUACCGAUGCACUUGUGGCGCGUAUCGCUCUCGGACGCGAUGCUGACGACGAGACGCUGGACCAGUCGGAAAUUCGCGUGUGGCUCGACAUGUCCAACCAGCAGAUCGGCAUCAUGCUGAACCGCGACCUGCAGGUCGCGUAUCGGGAGUUUGCCCAGCAGCUGCUGCGAGUGUGCGACAACAAUCCGAAGCUUGGCGAUGUUCCGAUCCAGUUCAAGGCUCCGAUCUACGGUACCAACGAUCCGUCGUUCACUGAUUUCGUCGCACCAGGAGUCAUUUUGACUAUCGUGUUCUUCCUGGCCGUGGCACUGACGUCCUCCGCGCUGAUCAUCGAGCGUACCGAGGGUUUGCUGGAUCGAUCGUGGGUUGCCGGUGUGACGCCGAGCGAAAUCCUGUUCUCGCACGUCAUCACCCAGUUCGUGGUGAUGUGCGGCCAGACCGCGCUCGUGCUGAUCUUCAUGAUCGUCGUGUUCGGCGUGACGAACAACGGCGAGAUCGGCUGGAUCGUGGUGCUGACCAUCCUGCAGGGUCUGUGCGGUAUGUGCUUCGGGUUCGUCAUUUCGGCCAUCUGCGAGCUGGAGCGCAACGCUAUCCAGCUCGCCCUCGGGUCGUUCUACCCGACGCUGCUGCUGUCCGGCGUGAUCUGGCCGAUCGAGGGCAUGCCGCUCGUGCUGCGGUACGUUUCGCUCUGCCUGCCACUGACGCUGGCCACCACGUCCCUCCGCUCGAUACUGGCCCGCGGCUGGAGCAUAAUGGAGCCGGACGUGUAUAUGGGCUUCGUUUCGACGAUCGCCUGGAUUGCGCUGUUCCUCGUCAUCACGAUGCUGGUGCUGAAGUUCAAGCGCGGCUAAGCGGCGCGAGGCAAGCGACGAGCGCGUGCAACGUUUCCGUUUGCACCUGCCGUUUGCAGCGUGUUGUUGUUUUAGCGUGUGCUACGGAGGGAGCAAACCCGACAGUCCCGAUCGAUAUGGAUGGUCAGCAUCCGAACGAUCAAACGAUCGUGGGAUGUGUGCGAAAUAGAGAGGAAGAGGAAAAAAAAACUACCAGAAAGCAUCACCGAGCAUGAAUUACAGGGUGGUGCUUUUAAAAACAACACACAAACACAAACACACAAUUUGAAUUUGCUCAAUUGUACGUAUUGGACUUUCAUACUGUUACCCUCUGUUUUUUUUAGUUAAUCGUUUUUCACACUAGCGCUUUACUACUGGUAUCGCUUUGGUCCCUUCCUACACCCACACAACAACAAACAAACACACACAAACACACAAACACACAUACUAUUGUUUAGUGAGAAUUUCCAGCUACCUCUGGUUGCGAUCGCUCGCACGAGUGGGGCGUGAGCUGGAAUAUUCUAAUGCGUGUGCGGUGCCGGCACGCUGUCUAUUGGCUGCCGGCCACCCCACCCCUUAUGUAAGACAUAAUCGAAUAUCGGUAUAUAAAGAAGUAUAUUUGCGAUCCGGUCGGCGUGGGAUGCGUGGGAUUUUGAGUGAUCGUGAUCUACACUACACUAGCUGGGAUGCAUGGGAACUGCGCGUGUAUGGGUAAUAUGUAUGCAUGUGUGUGCGUGAACCGGGCGGGCGUAUAAACAUGGAGAUUGAGAACCGUGUUCGUGUGGCUAUUAAUAUUGUAUGAGUAAAUAGGGUGGGGGUUUAGUUUUUGAGACGAAAAUUUGGGAUAAAGUGACAAGUACACAGAUACAACAACAAAAACAGCAACAACGAACAAAGCAACAGCAACAAAAUAAGGAAACAACGAAACAUUAUACACGAACGCGUCAAUGUGAACUGUGAUUGUAAAGCAAUGAGCAAAAGCUAUAUAUUUUUUUUUAUUAUAAUAUGUAUCAUCAUACCAGAGUAUUUUGUAUUAAUCUUAUAUGGUGUAAAAUGGAAGAUAUCCCAAAACGAUCGGUUUACACACAAACACCCACACACACACUGGCAAACACUCACAAAUACGCAACAGAUACAAACACAUACACACAUUUGAUAGUUUGUCCGUUUUUUCUGUCAAAUUUUUGGAAAACUUUGUUUUCCACGGGGGGUUUUCACCUUAUCUCGAAGAGGUGGUAGAAAAAGUAAAGAAAAGGCCUUCAAUUCAAACCAACUCAUUGCAUACUUUUGAACAAAUUUAUGUGAAAUUUAUGUUUCCGAAUAGUAGACCACACGGGUGAAUGUGUUUGUAUACUUUGCGCUGGGAGUUGUGCGUGCCGUCUAUAUUAAUUCCCGUUUCUAUAUAUUAAAUCGGUCUUGCACACUUCCUCCCCUUUUCUUUUGGCCCCGAUCGAUCGUAAGCAAAGCAAUAAAUUUAAACGAUUUUCCCAAUUUCCGGUACGUGAGCUACGGUACGGUGGCUUGAGAAUUGAGUUGCCAAGCAAAAACCAUAUGCCGGUGGCAAAUGCAAUGACGACACCCUUCCCGGCAGGGUGGCUUGGCGUGUACAUUUGGGCGUAGGGUAACAAAGUAGGAAAGAAGGCACCCGGGGAAAUGUAGCUUCUUUUUCCAUUUCUUUUAUAUUAAUAUUAAAUGCAUAUGAGCGAUGCUUCGGCCUGCGGCUGCUGCCCGAGAUUCUUACCUUAUCGAAAGGACGGCUCUGCGGUGGUCGCAGGUCGCGAACAACUUUGUGAGGGCAACAUAACAACAGCGCAUAUAUCUUAUGUAAUACAUUUACGUAUGGGUGGGACAAUUAAAAUGGAACAAGGAAAUCUACACAAACAUACACACACACAACACUUACACGGAGACACACAUAAAACACGAACAACGAACUAAUAUUAAAUAUACACUUUUUUCUAGUACCAGGUUUCUUAUCCAUCCUGUGUUGGACUUACGUGCUCUUAUCCUUACUGUUAAGAGUAGACUUGAAUUCGCUGACGGCGUGUAUGACAGACAAGAUUAAAAAAAAAUACACACAAUAACGAUAUACCAAUUGGGUGGGUUAGAAGAAGAAAACAAUAUAUCGACGCAGCGAACAGGUCUAUACAAAUUGGGGCGGUACGCGUUGUUUUUGAAGUAACGUAAAAAUCGUAAGGAGCAACAGCAAUAGAAGCAACACCGCCCACCGGUCCCGGUGGUGUUCAACUGUAUCUGUGGAGGAAAAAAAAUGAAUGUCAAUAAUAAUAAUAAAUACAUAAAAAUGAA